AUGAUCGAGCGUUUCAACCGACAGCUCAAGGCAACCAUUAUGUGCCACCCGGACUCAACCUGGCUCGACGCCAUCCAACCUGUCAUUCUCGGUCUUCGCGCCAUCUUCAAGCCGGAUAUCCACGCCACACCAGCAGAGCUCGUAUACGGGGAACCACUCCACCUACCAGGUGAAUUUCUCGCAGCUCUGCCUUUCAGCACCAUGGUGUCAGACCCCACCGACUUCAUCACCCUGCUCCGACGCACCAUCGCUGCCUUACGCCCGUCACCUGAAGCCCGCCACAGCAAGCCUACACGUUUUGUGUUCAAAAAGCUAGCACCGUACAUGCACGCGUUCCUCUGUGACGACACCAUCCGCCGACCUUUCCAGCCACCCUACAGUGGACCCUACCUAGCUAUCCAUCGCAACAACAAGAUCUUCCCUCUGCGCCUGAACGGAACGACGUUUGCGUCUCGAUUGAAAGACAAACCUGCACACAUCACCACGAAAGAACCGGGCAGCGCGGCUCCUUUCACAAGCAUUCUUCCGCAGCAACCGGCGUCGCAGCCUGCUCCAUUUACGACAACUUCUGGGCGUAUGGUACGCCUCCCACACUUCCCUGAGGGCUCUCCACUCCACAGGGACGUGAUCUGA